UGUGACGAACUUGAAGUUAUCUCAACUCUUCACUUGACUUUACCGUGGUGCGAUGUCUGAGCGUCGUGUUACUAUAAAAGAUAUGUCUAGCCAACAGGUCAGCAUCAGUUUAACGAUCAUCUUCUCAGAGUUUAAACCAUUCACAAAAUGUUCAAAAUUAUCUUAGUUGUGUGCCUUGUCGGUUCAGCCAUUGCUGCAGGCCCCGGCCCGGAAGUUGAAGUUCUUCGUUUUGGUAGCCAGGUCGACAAUGACGGUACCUAUGGAUACGAAUACGAGCUAAGCAACGGAGUGACCGCACAAGAAUCCGGAAUUGGAGGACAAUACGCCAACGGUGGCUUCCGUCACUACUCACCGGAAGGUGAGCUCAUCGAAUUGGCAUACUCAGCCGACAGCAAUGGAUUCCACCCAGUUGGAAGCCAUCUACCCACACCACCACCAAUUCCAGAGCACAUCCUCAGGGCAAUUCAGUACAUCGAGACCCACCCAACAGCCGAAGAACAAAAGGACAGGCAGAUCCGACAACAGUAUGGACAAUAAGGACGAAGCAGUUUCUAUCUAUGUAUAUCCUUUACCAGAGAGUGUGCUAUAUCGGUUUUGUUGGCACUGUGUGCUUUUUAUUGUUAUAUUCCUAAGUCCUUCGUAGUAAAUUCCAUCCUUCUUCUGAAUCUGUAAUGUCCCUUAUAAAUCAGACCUAGUUACCUGUUCAUAUGUUCAUUGAUGUAAAUAUCAAACAAAAUAGACUGACAUUUUGUGUAUUGUGUUAUCAGCACAGAAAUAUGAAGAAAAUAAAAAAAAAUUAAUAGAAA